CUUCCUUUAGAAUAUUCCUGUGACUUUUAUACUGUACUAUUUUCGGUACAAUUUAAUACAAGGCGUACUUGGGUCUGUCUUUAGCCCACCAUGUCUGUCAAAUUCCAAGAAGAGACCAUCCGCACCGUCACUGGCGGCAAGCCAGAGGACCUGGUGCACCGCGUCGGUGAGCGAUUGACCGGUGGACACACUACUGCCGGCUACCUCGCGGCCUACCUCAAGCAGCUCCAGCACAACCCGCUGCGCACCAAGAUGCUCACCUCGGGUGUGCUCUCUGGUCUUCAAGAACUCCUCGCCUCCUACCUGGCCCACGAUGUCGGCAAGCAUGGCCACUACUUCUCCUCGCGCAUCCCCAAGAUGUCGCUCUACGGCAUGUUCAUCGCCGCACCCCUCGGCCACGUCCUCAUCGGAAUCUUGCAGAAGAUCUUCGCCGGCCGCACCAGCCUUAAGGCCAAGAUCCUCCAGAUCUUGGUCAGCAACUUGAUUAUCUCUCCCAUCCAGAACUCCGUCUACCUGUGCUCGAUGGCGAUCAUCGCUGGUGCGCGUACCUUCCACCAGGUUCGCGCUACUGUUCGCGCCGGCUUCAUGCCCGUCAUGAAGGUCAGCUGGGUUACCUCCCCGCUGGCUCUGGCCUUCGCCCAGAAGUUCCUCCCCGAGCACACCUGGGUGCCCUUCUUCAACAUCACCGGUUUCUUCAUUGGAACCUAUGUUAACACCCACACCAAGAAGAAGCGUCUGGAAGCUCUGCGCAAGCGUUACGACCAGCGCGACCAGCGCCGUGACUACGAGAAGCGCGACUACCCUUAGAGGAUUGAGUCCCUUCCCUGCAGAACAAACUUCUAAUAUGGAGUCGAGUCCUCCCGCGCCGAAUUGAGCUGGAUUCGUACAGUACAGCGUACAUUCGAUUCUUUCUGCAGAUAUCUAUUCCCCCUUUCUUUUGUGUGAUGUCUUUUUUUAUGUCUCUGGUGUUUGAUUCUGUGUAAACAUCUGCAUCUCGGUAUGCGUCAAAUAUCUUUCUCAACUGAUGUUAUUUCAAUCUUACGACGAAUGGAAUUCCCAAUUACUUUAUAAUCAUUGGCGC